AUGUCCUCGGAAGAUUUAACUAACGAAAAACUGAUCUCGUGUUUGGGAGAUGCCUUCCAGAAAAUCAUGAUAGAGAAGGUCUCGCCUGAGUCAGAGGAGGGAGCCCGGUCGGAGACAGUCUCUACAGAAACCAAGAUAAAAGCCUUUGCGGAGAGCAUACCCGGCUUUGUGAAUAACGUGUGUUCUACAAAAACUUUGAAAGACAUCAAGAAAGAUUUAAAUAAAAUUCAAGCACCAUGGAUAAUCAAAGUAAACACUCCAGCAAAUGUUCAGAUUGGGGUUUCAUCAGAGACCGAAUAUGUAUGGAAAAUUAUUGUCGAGUUGAGAGCCGAAAACAACACACAAGCUUAUGUGAAGGUUCUUGGGGUGCCUGCUCCACGCUUGACGACAGACCUGGAGUCAAAAAGGCUAAGUACAUUUCUGCAGGAGCUGCAGGUCAUGUCGAUUUGCACUGGGGUAACUGAAAGUUCACUGCAAGAAUAUGCUGCCCUACCUGAUGGGCAAACACAAUUUUAUCGUCACAUUCAGUACACAACAGUUAAUGAUGUGGUGUGCCAUAUAUCAUCAGUCAGAUCAGUUCAGUGCUGGCUUCUGCUCCCCAGCAAUUCUUCAACUUAUUGCAUGGUUUGUCAUCAAAUUGAACAUGCACUACUUGAGAAAAAGAAGCGUAAAGAGUCAAGAAUAUUACAGCCUGUAAAACCAAAUGACCCACUUCACUGCCUGGACAUUGAUCAGCUGAAGACCCUCUUUAAAGAAGAACGCAAGGAAAAGAUACGUUUAGAAAAGCAGCUUCAAAUUAGGGCAUUCAAGCAGAAUUUGAAUGAAGAUUCUAUGACAAUGACCAAAGACAUGCACAACAGCCUUAGUGCUGUUGACAUGACUGAGCUCCAGGAUGAUGAUUUGCCAAGGUUAUUCUGGGAGGAGCAGCAAAAGGCUUUUCGGAGAAAAGAACAUGGGAUGAGGUGGCAUCCAAUGAUGAUCAGGCUUGCCAUCCUUAUCCAUAGCAAAAGUAAAGCUGCUUAUGAGACUCUCCGAAAAACAGGUGUCCUAAAGCUGCCAGGAACUGCCACGCUUAAGGAAUACACUAGUGCAAUACAUCCUCAAGAAGGGUUUCAGCCUGAAGUUAUGGACGAGCUUAACAAGUUUUCUGCAACACUCUCAGAAAAUCAGCGAUAUGUGGUGCUUCUACAUGACGAAAUGUCAGUGAAAAGUGACCUUGUCUUUGACAGUAGAUCAGGAGAGCUGAUAGGAUUUGUCAACAAGGACAAGUGGAACUUUCACGACACAAACAAGCUGGUAUCACAUGUUCUGGUUUUUUACGUCGUUGGAGUAAACUCUUCCUUAAAAAUGAGUCUGGGAUACUUUGGGACCAGAACUGCUUCUGCUGACCAGUUGUACUACAUGUUCUGGCAGGCAGUUGGUUGUCUGGAGGCAUGUAAUUUAAAAGUUAUUGCCAGCACCAGUGAUAAAGCUCCAGCCAACCAGAGGCUGUACCAGAUGCAUGGAGAAAGUAAAGAACUGUGCUAUAAAACAAUAAAUAUCUUUCACCCCGAGAGAGAAAUUUUUUUCAUCUCGGACCCACCCCAUCUCAUCAAGACCGUCAGAAACAUCAUCCAUAGCAGUCACUGGGGGUCAAACGCUAGACUUCUCUGGAAGGAUGGGCAGCACAUACUAUGGCAGCAUAUUAUAGACUUGUAUAAUAUGGAUCAAGCACUCCAUCUCAGAAGGACGAGCCUUACUGCUGACCAUAUCAAUCUGACCUCACACUCUGUGAUGAAUGUUAGAUUAGCUGCACAGGUGUUGAGCCAUCAAGUGGGAGGCUUAAUGCAGGAGUAUGGUGGCCCUGAACAGCAGGAGACUGCCAGAUUCAUCCUCCUGAUGGACAGGUUUUUUGACUGUCUCAAUUCCAGGAACCUCUUAGAGGGUAAACGUUUCAGGAAGCCAGACCUGCUCCCAUACACACACGUGAGCGACAUUAGGUUUGACUUUCUACAAGGAGAAUUUCUUCAAUAUUUAGAAGACUGGAGGUCAUCAGUUCAGAACAGGCAAGGGCAAUUUUCGGCAGGAGAGAGACAAAAAAUGUUUCUCUCACUGCAAACAUACAGGGGCUUGUGA